AUGGCCGCGCCGCCGAGCCGCGCCGCCUCGAGCCAAGCACCGCUCCAGCAGCACAUGGACGGUCUCGUGCAGCUCCUGGGCGAGGGCACGCUGCGUGUCAUCCAGCUCAACCGCCCCAAGGCGCUGAAUGCCAUGAACGAAGAGAUGGUCGUCGAGUUCGGCAAGGCGUUGGAAGUGAUCGCUGCUUCGCCCAACACGGCCACCGUCGUGUUCCGCGGCGUGGGCCGCGGCCUCUGCGCGGGCGGCGACGUGAUGGCGAUCGUCGACGCGAUGAACAAGCCCACGGUCGAGGAACGCAACAAGUCCACCUCCUUUUUCCAGCAAGAGCUCCAGCAAGAUUACCGUGUGGCGAACUUUGAGAAGACUACGUCGCAGAGCGGCCGCCCGAAAUACUACAUCGCGAUGUUGGACGGCAUCUCCAUGGGCGGCGGUAUCGGCCUGUCCGCCCACGCUCCUUUCCGCGUCGUGUCCGAGCGCACGAUGUUCGCGAUGCCCGAGGUGGCGAUUGGCUACUUCCCGGACGUCGGCUUGACGCACACCUUUGCGCGCCUUGACGGCAACACCGGCAUGUACCUGGCACUCACGGGUGAGCGCCUGAACGGCGCCGACACGUACCUGCUCGGCAUCGGUACGCACUACAUUCGCUCGAACCUGCUCGAGGAGCUCACGCACCGCCUCGGCACCCUCCCGCUCGAGUCGGUGAACAGCGGCGAGGUGGUCGACAAGGUGCUCAACGAAUACGCCUCGGAUCCUUUUGCGCCGGACGCCGAGAACGGCGCGGAGCUCGCCAAGAACUCGGUGUUCUUCGGCGACCGCCGCAUCGCCAUCGACUUUGCGUUCGGCCUCGAGAGCGUGGAGCAGAUCGUCGCGGCGCUCGACGAUAUCGCCAACGUCCGCCAGGACUCGUACACGCUCAAGCAGCUCGCGCAGCGCGGCCUCACCACCAUCUCGCCCGAAGUCCAGGCGUUUGCCAAGACCACGGCUGAGACGCUGCGCAUGCGCUCGCCGCGCGCGCUCAAGGUCACCUUCCGCGCGGUGCAACGCGCGGCCAAGAUGACGCUCACCGAAUGCUUCCACGAGAACAUGCGCCUCGGCACCGUCUUUUGCGACAUGACCGUCGGCCGCGACUUUUACACGGGCGUGAAGCACACGCUCGAAAAGGACCCGGCCACGGGCAAGCGCCGCACAGGCCGCGCCAACUGGCAGCCGGCCACGCUCGAAGAGGUCGACGAGAAGCAGCUCGAGACGCUCUUCUUUGGCGACCUCGACGCGGCGCACAAGGCCGGCCUCACGCUCCAGGUACCCAAGCUUGGCAUCCCGGCGCUGCAGAACACCCGCGAGUACCGCAAGGCACGCGACGCCGAGCUCCGGGGUGUGGGACCGCUGCACUGGGACCAGAAAUACAACCGUUUCGCCCUGCCCAGCGAGGCGGAGAUCGCAGCACUCGUCGAGGGCAGCCACCCGGCGGCGGGCUCGUACGUACUUGAGCCGCAGGAGAUCAUCGAGGUCAUGUCCCGCCACAAGCACGACAAGCCCGCGCUGAAGCUCAAGCUCCACGACUGGCUCCAGCGCCGCGCUGCCGCCGAGAAGAAGUAG